CGUCGUGGGGCGGCGGGCGCCAUUAGCGGGUCCAGGGCCUCAGCCAUGGCCAGGGGCGCCCCGGGAGCCCCGGGAGCCCCGGGCCGCGCGGCCCCCAAAAAGCCGGCCGGCCCGGGACCCGCGGCCCUGCUGGAGGAGCAGAAGCGGGAGGCCGAGGCCCUCAGGGCCCAGCUGCAGGGCGAGCGGGCCCGGGCCCAGGCGGCCCGCCGCCAGUUCUGGGCCGAGGCCCGGGAGCUGAGGGAAGCGGCCGAGCGGGACCGCCAGCGGCUCUGCGACCAGCUGCGCUCGCGCUGGGAGCGCCAGCGGGCCCGGGACCUGCGCCAGCUGCGGGAGGACACCCUCCGGGCGCGGGAGGCCGAGAUCCGGCAGCUGCUGCGCUGGAAGGAGGCCGAGAUGCGGGAGGUGCGGCACCUGCUGCGACACGAGCGGGACGUGGCCGUCCGCCAGGCCCGCGAGCUGCAGCGCCAGCUGGCCGAGGAGCUGCUGGCCCGCGGGCGCGGCGCGAGGCCCGGAACGGACGCCGGGGACCCCGUCGUCGCCGCCGUCGUCGCCGCCGAGGCCCAGCCGCGCUGGGAGCUGGAGGGCGAGCAGGCCGCGCGCAUCCGGCACCUCCAGGCCGCGCUGGAGCUGGAGCGCGGCCUGUUCCUCAAGUACAUCCUGGAGCACUUCCACUGGGACCCGGCCGCCGUGCUCACGCUCCCGCCGCUCAGCCCGGGGCCGGCCCGGGCCCGCCGGGGGCGGAGCCUCCGGGACCGGCCCGGGGCCGGCGGCCCCGCCGCCGUCCGCUCCCGCUCGCUGGACGGCCGCCCGGGCUACGGCCGGGCCGGGGACGCCCCGCGCCGGCCCUGGGAGCCGCCCUGCCGCCGCGGGGCCCGCCGCCCGGGGGAGGAGGGCGAGAGCCGGGGGCCGCGGGAGCCGGACGAGCGGCUGCGGGAGAAGGCGCGGCGUCUCACCGGACUGGCCCGCCGCCUCGACGACCACUCCCGGGCCCUUCAGGAGGCCAGCCUGGGGCUGCCCGGCCUCGACGUGGACCGGCUCGGGAAGGCCUUCGCCCGCCAGCGGGCCCGGGACCUGGCCGAGCAGGCCGCCGCGCUGCUGGCCCGCGACAAGGAGAUCCGAGCCCUGCAGGAGGAGUGCGGGGCCCUGCGGGCCCGGCUGGAGGCCGUCCCGCCCGGACCUGGGGCCGCCGUCGGCGCGGAUGGGGGCCGCCGUCUCCUCUGCGAGGCCCAGAAGGAAGUGCUGCGGCUGCAGAGGCAGGUGACGCUGCAGGCCCUGCGGGCCUCGCCGCAGGCCGGGGAGCCCGCGACGGGGGCGGCGCGGGACGGGCCGCCGACAGCCGGCCCCGCCGAGCAGCAGGUCCUGCAGCGGGUGCACACCCUGGACAUGGAGCUGGGGGACAGGCGGGGUCAGUGCGAGCGGCUGGAGCUGGACGUGCGGGCCGCCCAGGACCGCUGCCGGCGGCUGGAGGCGCAGCUGCGGGAGGCCCUGCGGGAGAGCGCCCGCCUGGCCCGGGAGAACGCCCGUCUGCGGGAGAGAGCCCGGCCCGACGACCGGGAGGCCCAGGGGCCGCGGGACGACGAUGACGACGACGGAGAAGAUGCCGCCGGCGGCGAGGGAAGCCCGCCGGAGAAGGCCCGGCUCCGCGGGCGGCCGACGGCGAGGCUGAGUCUCCGGGCCGGACCGGCCCCCCGCCUCGCCCCGGACCGGCCGGAGGGCUCCGGGCCCGGCCCGGCCGGUGUCCGCCCCGCCUCGGCCCGGCUCAGGGUCUUCCUGGCCCGGCACAGCUACGACCCCUUCCUCGGCCCCAACGACAGCCCCGAGGCGGAGCUGCCCCUGACGGCGGGCGAGUACAUCUACGUCUUCGGGGAGGGGGACGAGGACGGCUUCUUCGAGGGGGAGCUGAUGGACGGCCGGCGGGGCCUGGUGCCCUCCAACCUGGUGGAGCAGGUGUCCGACAGCGACAGGGCCUCCCUCCCGCCCCCGGAGCUCAGCGACUUCUCCGCCGGCCCCCUCGGGCCCUGGGACGAGAGCGACUACCUGGAGGAGGACGGCGCGUGGUACGAGUGGGCGCGGAGGGGUCCGCGGGCACUGCGGGAGGCCCCCGGCGCGCCCUGCCCGCGGUGCCUGCUGCCGGCCACCCGGGCCGGGCGCGGGAGGGCCCGGGUCGGCCGCCCCGGCCUCUCGGGGGGCGGCCGGGCCUUGCCGGGCUCCCCCAGGUCACCGCUCCGCCUCAGCCUGCGCGGUGUCACCGCCACCUCGGCCGAGAUCACCUGGUCGGGCGACGGCGCCUCCCCGCACGCGGUCUACCUGGACGGCGUGCAGCAGGCGCUGACCGGGGCCGGCGUGGGCGGCUACUCCUUCCGAGGCCUGCGGCCCCGCACCCGGUACGGCGCCAGCGUGGCGGCCUGGCCGCCGGCCCGUUGGGAGUGGCCGCCGGCCCCCCGGCUGACCUUCACCACCCGGGCCCCCGGGCCCCCGGACCCGCCCCUGGCCGUGGCCGUGGAGCCGCUCCCCACCCCGGGGGCCGUGGCGGUCAGCUGGAUCCCGGUGACCAUCGACGCCGCGGGCUCCUCCAACGGGGCGCGGGUCACGGGCUACGCGGUGUACGCCGACGGGCUGAGGGUGGCCGAAGUGGUGUCCCCCACGGCCGGGAGCGCCCUGCUGGAGCUGCCCUGGCCGCGGGCCCCGCGGCCCCCCCACGCGGUGUCCGUCAGGACCCUGUCACGCUACGGGGAGUCCCCGGACUCGGUGCCCGCCCAGAUCCCCGCGGACCUGGUGCCGCCCUCCGCUCCCCCCGCCAGCCACCCCUGGGAGCGGGCGACCCCGGCCCGGCCCGGCCCGCCGCCUCCGGAAUCCCCCGAGGCCCCGCGGUCGGCGUCGCCCCCGGCCCCUGCCCGCCUGGCCGCCCGGCCCCUGGUCCUGCUCACCAGCCACGCUGCCGCGGUCCAGGCUACCGUCUACCUGGCCGCCCAGCCCGCCGUCCACCCUGCGGCCCCGCCUGACGCCCAGCCUGCCGUCGACCCCGCAGGCCGGCCCCCGGUCCACCGUACAGCCCAGCCAGACGGCCAGCCUGCGCUAGGCCCCGCCAUUCACCUUACAACUCAGCCUGACCCCCAGGCCGCGGCCCAACCCACGUCUUCUGCCCUCCCGGAAGCCCAGACUGACACCCAGCCACCUGCCCACCCCGCGGCCCAGUCUGCCCACCAGUGUGAGGCCUACCCCUCCUCCCAGCCCACCCUCCACCGUGGUCCGGCCGCGGAGGGAUGCUCGGAAGUCACCCCGGAAAAGAGGACGGAGAGCUCAGCAGGUGACGGGGAAGAGGAGGAGGAAGAAGAAGAGGAGGAGGAGGAGGAGGAGGAGGAGGAGAGUCUGCUUGAAGGCGUUGGGGACUCCGACCCGCACAAUGUGAAGGAGAAACAAGGCAACCCAAGUGCUAGACGUGGCGUAUUUAGAAAGAGAGAGCCCCAGGUCCCCGGCCUGAGAGGCUGCUGGGAAUGUCAACCAUCACCGGACCAAGAAACCCAAUCCCCGGCGGAAAACCACGGGGCCCUGCCCCCGGGAUCUCCGGGAAACCCUGGCCCGGAGCCGCCGGCAUCCCAUGCCGCCGGCAGUCCCCCGGCCACGCCGGACGCCCCCCCGGCCCCGGGGCCAGGGGCGGAUGGAUCACGCCCGGGCGAGCCAUGUGGCGCCCACCUUCCACGCUCGGGGGGCCCGGCGGCCCCCGGCCACGGGCCCGGGAACCCCCGCCACCCCACCACCGUCACCCCGGGCCAGCCCACCUCGAGCCCGGGGCCGAGAACCGGGAGGGCCCCCCUCCCGGGGAAUAAAAAGACCCGGGGGGGGCCCGUCCCCUCGGCCCUGCUGAAGGCCGAGACCCCCCCGGACCGCCAGCGAGGGGCCUGA